AUGAAUCUACCAUCAUCGAUCCGAUUCACACUGGUGCUGUCCGUUCUGUGGCUGUCGGUAGUCGUAUCGGUGUCCGGUGCACGACAAAAAUCACAGGUCGUACCGGACGUUGCCUCGACGGCGUACUCCGAGACGCUACACGGCGAACGGCAGUGCUACAACCUUCGAGUGCGCGACGCAAACAAACACAUUUCGACGCGCCUCACGCGCUACUUCGUAUUCGGUGGCAUCCUGCAAGCGAUUGCAGAGCAAGCGCAAAUCCCGCGCGAAGAUUUAGUGACGGGAGGUGCGAGCCAGUUUCAGGACCAAUCGAGCGGGCUCGGGCGUAAGUUUCACGCGGCGCACGUCAUCCGUGUGGGCAGCAUCGAUGCUCGGUUGAAGCAAAAGCAGCCAGCGCUCAAUACUGCGCUGCAAAACUACAUCGGCCACACGCAGAACGUGAUCGAUAUCGCGAACGUUUGGCAUGGCGUGGCGGGUCAGAUCGAUCGCUUCCAGUCGGACAAACUGAGCGAGCUGGCCAAGAUUGACUUUGGGGGCGCGUUCGAGCCGACGAACCGACGCACGGUGGAGGAUCUGAUGGAGCUGUUCCGGGACAUUAUCGACACGCACGUGAACAGUGGGAACCGAAAUCGGGAGGAUCAAAGCGUGCUGGAGGCUGACAAGAUCGGGGUGUAUUGCGCCGGGGCAUCUAUGCUGUUCGAGGCCGGAAAGGAAGGGUACCAGAUGGUGAAGAGUGGGAAUUUCGAAACUCACUAUCAGAGGGCGUAGAA